AAAAAUGUGAUGAAAUGUUUGAAAACAUUGUUUUUCAGAUGAAAUUUGUUUUUAAUUUUAAAUUACAUUUAAAAAUACAUUUCGUGUAAUCAAUGAAUCAAAUUCAUCGACGAUUAGUAUCUAUUAUACCAUUGAUGAGACACAAGACAUUGAAUAAUGAAUGGAUUAAUCAUAAAAGUUUCAAAACUAAGUCAUCGGUAAUCACCGAUACAAUGGCCACAGGAAUAUCGGGUGUGAAUACAUGUGAAACACGAGUUUUGUCGGAUUGUAAGUUAGACACAAAAGCCACGCGAAGAAUGAAAGUGUUGGUUAAUCCACGACAGGAUAUGGUCGACAUCGAUGGUCAACCAAAGUUUGUCGACAACGAGAAUCAGUUCGCUUUUAAGAUAUUGAAUCCUUUAUGUUAUUUGGAUGAUGUCCUCAUUGAUGAUAAAGAUGUUGUUACUAAUGAAGAUUUUAUUUAUAAUCUUUACCACAAGUUUGUCCACAUUUCUCCUCAUGAGUACCAACAAUCAGCUGUUAUUAUUAACGAUUUGAUCCAAAUUCUAAGUAAAUUAAGUGAUAGACAAUUGUUAUCAGUCUUGGAAUCGAUGACCGAAUGGCCAACACUUUACUCGCCAUUUGAGACAUUGUUUUAUAAGGUUUGGUCUAAUGUUGACCAACAACUCGUUAGACGACUUUCCGCUACAAAUAUUACUGAUAAUAAAGCGGUGAAAAAGUUUUUAUUAUUUGGAAACAUGUUUUAUAAGUUAAAAGUUGCAAAUAUUUGUCAAUUUAAUGAUAUGUUGGUCAAGAAGAUGAUUGCACCAGACUUUGAGUUAAAUAAGAUAUCAUUUUUGCAUCUCUUGUUUUAUAUGAAUCUUCACCGACGUAUUAAUCCAAAGGUCACACAGUAUGUGACCAAACAGAUGAAAAUACUGAUGAAUGACAUGACUUUAGAUGAAAUAUCUGUGUUUUGUAUGACAUUUUUUAAAACAGAAAAUAAAUUAAACGACGAUUUAGUGGUUUUUAUAUUAAAUAAAGCGAUUAACGAUUUGUCCGAUGAGAUCAAUAACAUCGGCCGAACAGCGAUCACAAAAUGUAUUCGUAGGUCAUUUCACUUUCACUUUCAACCGUUGGUUAAACAAUAUAUUAAUCGAUUGAAACAAUUGUCCAACAAUUCAGAGAUGACAUUAACUCAUGUCCUUAAUCUCAAAGUUACUGCAAAUAUAUGCGACCAAAAAUUGAUGUCCGAUGUUAUCGACAAACUAUUGGACGAUCCGUUUGCUUUCCGUAUCAAAGAUAUUGAAAGAAUAUUUCUGUGUUUAUCUCAUUUUAUGUACCAAAUCGGUGAACAAAAAUUCAAGACAUUAACAGAUAUAUUAGAUAUCAACGAAAAUAUAUUUCAGUUGACACGACAUCCACUUUGUUUGCUUAAUAUUUUACAUUAUUUAGUAAUUUUAGAUUUUUAUCCAAAAUCACUAAUUCGUAAAUGUUUUUCACCCGAAUAUUUGGAAAGACUUAAAAAGAAUUCAAAACUUGAUUAUCAUCGACAUCUACUCCUUACAAAUACUGCACUAACUAUUGAACGAUUUGAUGAAUAUAUGGAUUUAAUUUUUGAACCAAACAAAGUCUAUAAAUAUCAUCAAUGGGUUCUCAAUGAAGAAAUAGGAAAUGUCAACCAUUUAACCAAAAGAAGUUCACUAAUAAAACAAGUUUAUAUGUCAUUGAAGUCCGAGUUUCCCAAAAAAGUUCAGUUAUCUCAUGUAUUGCCAUUUAAAAGCUACCCUUUUGUUGUUAUUUGGGAUAAAGAUAACAGUAAUUUUAAGAUAACUCCGACCACAAUAUUUAAACCAAAUAUGUUUAAAGAUAGUAUAAUUAUUUAUCUAUUAGAGAUCAAUGACUAUUCAACAAUAGACACAUGUAUGAAGGGCUCUGUCCAACUGGAAAUAAGGUUACUUAAAGGACUGGGCUUUAAAGUGAUACCUAUGCCAUGGCAUCAUUUAACACGUUAUGUCACACCUAAAGCCAAAAGUAAUUUAUUGAUUAAAGAAAUUAACAAAGUUUGCUCUAAAUAG